GAAAAUAUUGCUUUAACAUCAUUUUUCUUUAUUAUAAUUAAAGAAGAGUCAAACCUAAAUUUCUUUUAGGGUUUGAGUCCAUUUUGAGUUUUUGUUUCCAAAUUCAACAAUUUUUUUUUUUUUAUGUAUUUCUCUAUACAACAAAAGCAAAUGAUUGAUUUUAGGUGAAUUAUCAUCUUCUUGAAUAGCCUUUGGAAGAAGAAAUAUUUGAAGAGAUGACCACAAAAGUGAAAGGCCUUCUUAAAGGCCUUAGGUACAUUUCUCAAGUUUUUGAUGAGGAUAAAGAAAAAGAAAUGCAAAUUGGUUUUCCUACAGAUGUAAAACAUGUUGCACAUAUAGGAUGGGAUGGUCCAUCAGUUGAUAAUCCAAGCUGGAUGAAAGAAUUUAAAUCACCAGGAGCAUUUCAAUCAGCUCCUUUGGUUCCUCCUCCUGCAGAUCUUAAAGAAAAUCCUGACAUUAAAUGGGUUUCUGAAGAUUCAAACAGAAGGUCUAGAAAUGCAAAUAGUUCAUCUCCAACCAAAGACAUUAAACCAAGAACAUCCAGGAGACAUUCUACUACAGAAAAUGGCACUCAUGAUUCUACAAACAAAGAACCUGGAACCAAAUCCAGGAGUUCCAGGCGACAUCAUAACAAGGAAACAACGUCCGAUGGUCAUAAAUCGAGUGAAUCUUCAGCUAAAAACAACCCUGAUAUCCCCAAAAAAUCGCGACGAAAGAAGUCCAAGGAGGAUGGUUCGGCCUCUGGCUCGACUCGACCAUCAAGAUCUAAAGGCACUUCUUCUACUACAACACAAACUACAGAUUCAGGUCCUGGACAGGAAAAGGAGAGCGAGAGUAGUGGAAUUUCUAAAGAAAAACAAGAGGAGUGAAAAAAAUAAGAAUGUAUCUGAAAAGUUUUUUUUUUUUUUUGGCAGUUUAGUGAAUAUCACAAUUAUUUUGAAACCACAAAAGUUUUCAUUCAAAAUUGUAGAGUAUGUGUAUAAUCUAACUUUUUGAUACCAUGUUCAUCAUGUAGAUU